AUGCUGAGAUGCUGCACAGUGCCUUGUGGUGUUCAGGACAGUGCAUCGCCCAGACAGAAGAGCUUCUUGCUGAUCUCUCUGUGGUAGCCAGAGAUAGUGAUCUGGAUGGAGAGAGCAACGAAUCGUUUGGAGCCGUGGAAGAUUGCAGUCAUCGUUGUGUCAGUGAUAGUAGGCUUAGCCAUCAUCAUUGGCUUGAUUACAGUUUCAUUGUGCCAUUAUCAGGACCGAUAUUUCAAUGCAUCUUUCCUAAUCACCAAUGUCAAUUAUGACCCUCAGUAUGAAAGGCAAACCACAGAAGAGUACAGGCGCUUGAGUGAAGAGAUUGAAACCAUGAUAUCUGCAGUAUUCAGAAGGUCCUUUCUAAGUAAAAGGUACAUCAGGUCCCACGUUUUCAGUCUGAGCCCAGAUCCUGGUGGAGUGCUUGCAUCUGUUCUUUUGGUAUUUAGAUUUCCCUCAGCUGACAGUAGGGCAACAAGCUUGGGUCACAUCAACCGUGUGUUGCGCAGAAGGCUACAAACAACCUCUUCGUUCCUGAAUGUUGACCUCUCUACCCUUAGAGUCACAGGGUUGAAGAAGGAAAAUGGGGAGAACCUUUUAAACAACUGCUGUGGGACACGAAGACAGGCGUUCUCCUUUGCAGGAGUAGAGAGAAUAGUGGGUGGGCAGCGUGCGCGGGAUGGGGAAUGGCCGUGGCAGGCCAGUAUUCAGCUCGAUGGGAUCCACCGCUGCGGUGCCUCGGUGAUCAGUAAUACCUGGCUAGUGACUGCAGCCCACUGCUUCAGAGGACGAAGAGAUCCUCGGAGAUGGACUGCCAGCUUUGGAAUUCUACUGAGACCUCCAAAACAGAGAAGAUUUGUCCGAAGAAUUAUCGUCCAUGAAGAAUACAGUGAUUUUGUCCUUGAUCAUGAAAAUGAUGUGGCUGUUGUGCAACUUGCCUCUCCUAUCGAGUUCACAAGUGAUGUGCACAGUGUCUGUCUUCCUGAAGCAUCUCACCAUUUCCCAGACAACAGUUCCUGUUUUGUCACAGGCUGGGGAGCUAUGGAGAAUGAUGGCUAUGGUGUCAAUAACCUUCGACAAGCGGAAGUGAAAAUUAUAGGCACUUCGAUUUGUAAUAGAAGAGAAGUGUAUGGUGGAGCCAUAUCACCUGGAAUGUUGUGUGCUGGAUACUUGGAGGGGCAGGUGGAUGCCUGCCAGGGUGACUCUGGUGGGCCACUGGUGCAUGUGAACUCGAGAGGAAUCUGGUAUCUUGUGGGAAUAGUGAGCUGGGGAGAUGAAUGUGGCAAGGAAAAUAAACCAGGAGUGUACACACGAGUGACUUACUAUCGAAACUGGAUCUACGCCAAAACGGGCAUUUGA